UCAAAUUUAGAAAGAAGAAAAAAUUAACAUUUUAAUCGAAAAAAGUGGAAAAGCAAAAGAAAGGAAGGCCUAGGAGCGAAAGGAAAAAAUUCUUCAGCUGAAAAAACUAAAUCUUUUGCUCGAAAAAACGAAAAAGGGAAGUGAAGUAAAAACAGGCAAGGUCGUCAUCGUUGUCAUCAAAAAAGAAAAAAGAUCAACACACAAGCAACAUGGAUGUGUUCCUGAUGAUUAGAAGACACAAAACAACCAUCUUCACGGAUGCCAAAGAAAAUACUUCAGUGGCUGAGUUAAAGCGUAUGCUAGAAGGCAUUUUAAAAGUCAAACCUGCGGAUCAGCGUUUAUACAAUCAAGAUAAUGAUAUUAUGGAUGAUGACAAUACUUUGCAAGAUUAUGGCAUCACAAUGUCAACAGCAAAGGCGCAAGCACCUGCUCAAUUAGGUUUGGCUUUAAGAAAGGAAAGCGGCGAUAUAGAAGCACUCGAAAUUACAUCAUAUUCAUCACCACCCGAUUUACCCGAAGUCAUGAAAAAUCAAGAGGCAGCAAAUGGUAAAGAACAAGUGGCAUAGACGACAGUCAAUUGAGACAUCUACUACAGCAAGAAUAAGAACAACAACAACAAUAGCAAAAUACAGCAAAAUAUUAAGCAACACUUUCUUUUAAUCAAAAAAAAUCAAUCAAUCAUUUAACAUUUCCUUAACUUUUUUAUUUAAAUAACACAACAAGAAAAAAAACAUAAAACAAACAACUAUUUAAGUCGAAUGAAAAUACAGGUAAUUGCUAAAAGAAAAAAAUAAAUAAAACCCAAACAAAACAAAAA